UCCCUUUUCUGUCUCACAGUUUGUCUGUUUCUUGAUUCGAAGUUCCCCACUUAUAAGAUCUAAGAAAAUCAACAAAAAAAUAAAAGAAAACCUUCAUUCUUCAAAAGGGUGGGUUUUCUUCUGGGGAGAGAAAAUCAAAUUGAGCGGUGCCCCCAUUUUCCCCCACCCCUCUGAAAUUAGGGUUUGAAUUAAUGACAGUGUUGAUUUGAAAGAGAAUGGUGCUCAUAACUGAAGAAAUGAUCAAACAGUUUCAAAUCCAGAUGGAAAAAAUUGAUGGGCUACUGAAGAAAAGUUACCAGAAUUUACAUGCCGGUAACCCGAGGGAGAGUUUGUUGCGAUUUCUAAAUGCAAGGGACGGGAAUCUCUUCGAUGCGCAUAAGAUGCUCACCGACACUUUAAACUGGAGGAUUGAAAACGAAAUCGACAACAUACUGGCAAAGCCGAUAAUACCUAGCGAUGUGUAUAGAGCAAUACGGGAUUCUCAGCUUAUAGGAAUGUCGGGUUACACCAAAGAGGGUCUUCCUGUUAUUGCUGUUGGUGUCGGGCUCAGCACAUAUGACAAAGCAUCUAUUCACUACUAUGUACAGUCACACAUCCAAAUUAACGAAUAUAGAGAUCGUGUCCUAUUGCCUUCUGCAACGAAAAAAUACGGAAGAUACAUCGGCACAUGCAUAAAGAUUUUAGACAUGACCGGCCUAAGGCUUUCUGCGUUGAAUCAAAUCAAGCUUCUAUCAGUAAUAUCCACAAUCGACGACCUAAACUACCCCGAAAAGACCGAUACAUACUACAUAGUCAACGCACCCUACAUAUUCUCAUCGUGUUGGAAAGUCGUGCGACCUCUACUAAAGGAAAGAACAAGGAAGAAGAUCCAGGUUCUAGCUGGUUCGGGAAGGGACGAGUUGUUGAAGAUAAUGGACUACGAAUCCCUCCCUCAUUUUUGCACGAGAGAAGGCUCCGGUUCGUCGAAACAUUCUAGAAACGUCGAUUGUUUCUUGUUGGACCAUCCGUUCCACAGGGAGCUCUACGACUACGUGAAGGAACAAGCUGAGGUGGCAGCGGUGGUGAAGGGGGCGCCAGCUAGGCAUGGAUCCAUGCACGUGGGUUUUCCCGAGCCUGAUUUGGAAGACGUGAAGAUUGCUCAGACGAUAGAGUGCGAGUUCCAGAGGAUCGGGAAUCGGAACGGAGGGUCCCGUCAGUCGUUACAGGAGCUUAAAAUAACCGGCGAUUGAUUGAUUGGCUACUGAUUAAUAAAGAGAUUUGUACUGUACAAGUUUGCAUCAUCUUCUUGAUGCUGCUGCUUCUGUUUUUUUUUUUUUUUU